AUGAAGACGCACGCUUGUCAAUAUCCAAGUUGCACCAAAAGCUUCACCCGCGCCGAACAUCUGCGUCGACAUGCGCUUAAUCACGAGCAGCCGCGUCAUGGAUUCACCUGUGAGCGCUGUUCUGUGCACUUUCAGCGGCCAGAUUUGCUAGAACGGCAUAUGGAACGGCAUAAUAAACGAGACACAGAGGCAGGUGGACCGGGACUCGGUGUAUUGAAAACACGCAAACGAACCCGGAGAGCUGGUGAUGGAACCAUUGUUGUACGUCCGUCGCAGCGAGAAAUAAGAUCGGCCGUACGAUCCUCGAUCUCAACUGCCAGUUCCGAUCGGGGUUGGACGGAGGGAGAAGAGGAUUUCGCCAACCAUGCACCUCUGUCACCCCCUGGCUCUGGGACGGACCUGACUACACUCUCCAUUGACGAGCAUGAUCCAUUUUUGGCUCCUAUGAUGCCUGGAGGCCCUUUUGAGCCAUAUGUUGAACCUGUUCCUGGACAAUUUGACGCAGCGGAUGGGUCAUUCAAUGCCGGCGAUGGGAUGGGUGAUUUUUUUGGAAUGGACACAGCGACCGAUUUCAAUCUGCCAUUUGCUGCAACUUGCAAUUAUAAUUGGCUGUUCGAUGUCGCCUCUCUCGAUGACGCCUUCCACCAUUUCGACUUUCCAUUGGGAUUCGACACAGGACCAUUCGCAGAGAGUAUGGAACAAGUCAACACGCAUAAUAUGGACAAAAACGACGGUCCUUCCGCUUUGUUGGAGGUCGCCUCGAUGAUGGACAGGAUUCAAACGCUACAGGAGACGCUGCCAUCAGUCACACCAGAUCUGGUGGAGAUGGACUGGAUGUCUGGAUCAUCUUAUCUGGGUUCGAACCCGCCUCAAAACUUACCACGACUAUCUGAAGAUGCUAGAACGGGAAUUUUGUCUAUCGUAGCUCAAACGCACCCUAUGGGGAUUGAUGGACAGCCGAUGGCUCUGAAUUCCCCAUUACUCACGUUGACCGCGUUGCAGAAAUACUGUGAUCUAUUCUUCACUCGCUUCAAUGUUACAUACCCACUGAUUCAUCAGCCAACCUUCAACCCAAGUACCGUUGAUCCAAUCCUGCUUGCGGCCAUUUUGUUCAUGGGGGCUACUUACGGCACACGCGAAGCACACCAACUGGCAGUGGGAGUUCAUGACAACCUUCGAAUCCAACUUCUGGGACAUCCUGGCUUUUCGCCGCAGCCUGAUCUUUGGGUUCUACAAGCCAUGCUCCUGAUUGACUGUUUUGGAAAGAUGAGAGCGGGUCCAAAGCAGCGGGAGAAUGCUCAACUCUUCCACUGUGUUCUCAUAAAACUUAUUCGUCGCAGUACUUGCUGCAGCAUCCAGGACUCGCCUCUAGCUCAGUCGGAUGAUCUGGAGCAUGCGUGGAGACAGAGCAUGGAUCUCGAACAGAGGAAGCGUCUGGCUAUGCUUUGCUUUAUGUGGGAUACUCAGCACGCAGUCUUAUUCUCGCAGUCUCUGUGUAUGUCCGCCUUCGAGAUUAGAUCGUCCCUACCAUGCAGUAGCGCCGCAUGGGAAGCAUCGUCCGCUCGGGAGUGGGUCAAUCUGGCUGCUCGUGAGACAAAUCGACCCUUCCUCACAGUCCUCAAGGGUUAUAUCACCCCAGGAGCAUUGCCCCGUCCUCGUGAUUUGAAUGUGUUCGCGCGCUCUGUGAUUCUGCACGGCUUGAUGUCAGUAUCGGCCGAUCUGAAGCGCCGUGAUCAGACUACACUCCGAUCAGAGACCCCAGAAAAAGUCGGAGCAUGGAUCCCACGCAUGAGCCGCUCAUAUGAUCUUUGGAAGGUAGACUUUGACGCGGAUUGUCUAGCCAUGAAACUAGCCCAGACAGCCGACCAGCGCCGCUUUACCGGGCUGAAAGUGGCAUCGCAUGCUCUUUACCAUGCAGCAUGUCUUGCCUUGAAUGUCGAGAUUCUUGAUUUGCAGGUCGUUGCUGGUGCAACCAAUAUCCUCGGACGGACUGUAACCCCAGCGGAUCAGUCGCGAUCUCAGCGAAAUGUUCUUCGCUGGCUACAUGAGGACUCGGGUGCAUCUUGGGCUGCCGCGCGGCACUCGUCAACUCUACUCCAAGAUGCUGUGCUUAGUCUCCAUGACUGGGAUCAAACGGACGCUUUUCAUUUUCCUUGGUGCUUGUACCUGACUACACUGACUUGUUGGGUAUUUCACCGGGGAAUGGAUCUUUCUUGCUCAGAAUCCCGGAUUACCACGGAUCUGUCUUCAUUGAUUGUGAUGAUGACCAAUUGUCCGAGUGAGACGGAGUUGGCUGCCUUAUCAGGGAAGUAUGAUCCUAAGCCUUUGGCAGCAGCCAUGGCACAACAGUUGGCAACUGUUCGGUGGGCUGUAGUACACGAUGCAAUGAAGGUUUUACUGAGCUUGUCUUAA